GGGGCCGAGAGGGAGAGUGACGUGGAGUUCCGAGCGGCCAUCACACCCGCGGCUCGUCCUGUCACCCACAGACCGCGGCCCGUAACACUGUAUUUAAGGGUCCUCAGAGGGCGUGCAGCAGUGAGACAAGAGCGCGUGGUGUCCCGGGGCGGCAUGGGGCGUGCUGAGGUGGCUGUGGUAGCGGUGGUGGUGGCGGCGGUAGCUGUGGGGGUGGAGGGGGUCAUGUUCCACCUGCAGCCCAACACCCAGAAGUGCUUCAAGGAGGAGAUCCACAAGAACGUGCUGGUGUCCGGGGAGUACGAGGUGCAGGAGGCCCCCGGGCAGAAGGUGGACAUCCAGGUCACAGAUUCCAAGGGUCACCACCUCUACAACAAAGAGGAGGCAGAGAAUGGGAAGUUCAUCUUCAACACAGAGGACAAUGAUGUCUAUGAGAUCUGCUUCAGCUCCCGUGUGCCCCCGACCCAGCGAGGGAUCCAGCAGGAGGUGACCCUCAAGACCAAGCACGGGGUGGAGGCCAAGACUUACGAGGCGCUGGGUGAGGCAGCCAAACUGAAGCCUCUGGAAAUUGAGCUCAAGCGCCUAGAAGAUUUAAGUGAGAGCAUCGUGCAGGACUUUUCCUACAUGAGGCAGCGUGAGGAAGAAAUGCGUGAUACAAAUGAGUCAACAAACUCCAGAGUGCUGUACCUCUCCUUGUUCUCCUUAUGCUGCUUGAUUGGCCUGGCCACCUGGCAAGUCCUCUACCUACGCAAGUUCUUCAAAGCCAAAAAGCUUAUUGAGUAGAAUUUGACCUGAAUAGAUGGGUGCAGCAGCCCCACUUGUUCCAGUGUUAGUUCCUGUCACCACCACCACCAUCAUUAUUUAUAGCUGCUGCACCUCUUUUUUCUUGGUUUUGGUUUCCUUAACAGAGAGUAGACAUUCAAAUUUACUUUGAUAAAGGAUUUUCUUCAUUCUAUACUCAAGAGGGUCUAUACAGUUUGAUUUAUUCUUUUAGGAAUUUCAAAUUUGUAAAAAAUUGCCUAAUCAUUCUCAACAAUCUGUUUUUUUUCUUUUUAGCAAAUUAAACAUUUUACUAUGGGAAUAUUGAGGUUGUACAAGUUUCAGGUUUUCUUUGAAACUUCAUAAGCGUAAAAGAGCCUGGAUGCAGUUUGGUGCUGCCACAAACUCUCAUUACCUGUUUGGCACCCAAUAAAAUAAUCUUCAUAAUUUUAUAUACAUUCUGUUGAACAAUGUACUAUUACAGGUUUUAUUUAUAUUGUACUUGAUGCUGUAUCCUCAAAAGUAAACUAAUAUGCUUGCAGAACAUUUGGCUACAGUGGGCUUGCAAAAAUGUGACCAGUUUUGUUCUUUUAUAGCAAUAUAAAUUUACAUAGCAUGCAUUGGUCACUGCACGAACUGUUGACUGCAUGAAAGUAAAAAUAAAAAAAAGUUAAUAUCAUCAUCAACCAUUGCUAGUCCACCGCAGGGCAAGGGCCUUCCCAAACAUUCUUCAAAUUCUUUUUGUCUGAUGUUGGGGUACUCCAUCCUGCUCCAGCAACUGCUCUUAUUUUUUAUCUACCUGGUCAUCAGUCUGCCCUGGCUUCCAAUAAUUCCUGAGUUGCCAAUGUUAUUCUGGUUGUCCAUUUGUGUGUAGAACUGAUAUCAGGUAGAUACCCAAAGUAAGAGUGGCAACCCACGGAUUGUACAAGUCAGAACAGAGAUGAAAUUAGAGCAUCUGCCAGAGGAGAAUGAAGUACAAUAAUGUCAAUCACAGAAGUCAAAAACAUUGGCAAAGGUUUUUGUCCUGCAUGGGACUAGUAAUGACUGAAGAGGAUGGUAAUCAAUAUAAUUUUGAUAUUUUAACUCACUAAAUUUUCAGUGCAGUGCGUGCCAUAACGAAGACAGAUGCACUUUACAAUUUGGUAAACCACAUCUUGAAUGCCAAAGUACUUCAGUAACACAACUUAAAGCCCAAUUCAUCAGUUUUUAAGUGCUUUAAGACACCACUGCAAGACCACUGUAUUCAACGAAAUAUGGUUAGGGUGUGUGGCCACCAAACAGUGAUGCUUAGAUGAUCUGGCUUGUGUGUGUGUAUGGAUGUGUGUAUGGAUGUAUGUGUGUAUGCAUGAAUUUGUUUGUGCAAUUUGGUUUGAUUUUAGAAUAAUAAAAGUGUUUGUACACAAUGACA